GCAGUCCGACCAACAUAGCAACCGAUUUGACGAGCGAGACGUGGCAUAAUGAAGUUAGCUAGCAAACUAUUUAAAUUAAUGUAAAUUAUAUAGUUUACCGAUUAAGAAGCGACAUGUAGCGAUUUAGGUCGCGUUAUAACAGGAAACGUUUUUUUUUAUAUGAGGAGAAACUUCAAGAACCUAGUGUGACUUGCUAACCUAGGUGGCUAACGUUUGCUAGCUAACUGCAUAAUUGCAACUGAUACAUAAAGAUAUGCGCUCUAUAGUAUGACAAUUUUUGGGACCUUUACACUUUGUUAUUCGUAGUGUUUACGGUUGUACUGCUCAAUGCCUCGUGAGUAGUUCAAAUAAAUUUCACGUGAGGAUGAGUUAGUGUUAGGCUUUGGAGGAAAGUGAUUUAGUUAGAAAGGCUGAGCUGUGAAUGUCGGUUUACAUAGGUCCGAGCUGGAGAGAGUGAGUGAACUGAGUCAGAAAGUUAAAUAGUGUAUUUUUUUUUACGUAGGUAGGUAGGCAAGUCUGGGAAAAUUAAAGUCAUGGAGAAAAAUGUGAUGCGUCUGGUGGCUGUACAACAUCUCCGCUCUGUUUAUGGGAUAAAGAUAAAGAACUGGAACAAAAGCAAAUCAACUAACUGCAAGUCAACAACCAGCAACUCGACAAAAGUUUUUGGUGUACCCUUGGAUACCUUACCAUACUAUAAUAUGGAAUGUGGGAACGUGCCAAGCUUUCUAGUUGAUGCAUGUAUGAAGCUGCUAGCACAUGUUGACACAGAAGGCUUGUUCAGAAAAUCAGGCUCCGUUGUUCGUCUGAAAGCACUCAGGGCUAAGCUAGAUGCAGGAGAGGAGUGCCUGUCCUCUGCUCUUCCCUGUGAUGUGGCAGGCCUGGUGAAGCAGUUCUUCAGGGAGCUUCCGGAGUCGGUGCUCCCCACAGAGCUGCAGGAUGCCUUCCUCAAGGCCCAGCAGCUCCCCACUGAAGAAGAGAGAACUUCUGCCACCAUGCUGCUGUCUUGUGUGUUGCCAGACAGAAACAUUUGUGUCCUGCAUCACUUUUUUGACUUCCUCCAUAGUGUAUCUCAAAGGAGUGCAGAGAAUAAAAUGGAUAGCAGUAACUUGUCUGUAAUUUUGGCCCCCAACCUCCUUCAUUCUGGAGACGGUACAGAGAAGAUGAACACCAACACUGAGAAGCGCCUCAAACUACAAGCAGCCAUUGUGCACUGCUUCAUAGAAAAUGCUCACAAUUUUGGUGUGUUACCACAGUUUCUUCAGGAGAAAGUUCCUCCCAUGAUGGGCUUGGAGGUGGGGGCUCUGUCUCCCAGUCGCAGUGACCUGGAAGAGCUGGAUUUAAAUUCUGGGAUGAAGAAGAAACACAGACGUAGCUUUGGAGAUGUGGUCAGUGGUGCACUGAAUAAGAUAAAAACUAAUAGAACACCCACUAAUGUCACCCAGGCAGACGGUGUUGUUUUUUCCUCUGCAACUCCUGUGAUUGCAACACCCUCCUCCAAGCGAAAACUUCCUUUUGAGUCUGGUCACUCAUUUGGAUUUUCAAACAAGAAACGUAGAUCUGUCAAAAAGAACCUUGGGAUAGAAUUACUUCCCAAUGUUUUAUUCAGUGGGACCUCUACUCCAGGAUCAGCCAACAAUGCCUCGGGGGUCUUGGACUCUUCCCAAAAUACGUUUGUGUCUGCAGGGAGAUCUAGAAAGCAAUCUAUUCCAUCUUCAAGGAGGAAGAGCAAAAGACUUAGCAACAGACAUGUCGUCAACAGAGUUGAAUCUGGAAGAACUGGCUGCUUUUCUCCUAAAGUUGGUAAAAAAGAAGCUCCACGCAAGUCUCUGCGCUUACGUUUUAGCCUGGGGAAGAGCAGCAAAGACGCUGGAUCCGAGUCCAUUGGUUGGCGACUUGCCACACAGGAGAGCACCACCAGUUUCCCUUCCACCAAAGAGACAGAGUUUACUCCAUCGAGUUCCAUUUUGUCCAGAAAAACUGAAUCCAAGUGCUCAAAGUACAUUAGCAAGUCCGAAGACAACUUGCUGACACCUCAAUGUGACUCAAGUGCCCACCGGACCUCAUGGAGCGGGGAGACCCCUGUUGGAGAUCAGGCUUUCAGCGGAAGGUCUUUUACAGACACUCCAAUGAACAUGUGUCUCAAAAACACCUACAUGUCAGAGCCUGCAAUUGUUGCAUCCAAGUCUCCAGCAGGGACCAGCCUGCCUAUGAAGCUGUGCUGUGCCUCCAGCGUGGAGAGUCUCGAGAGCGAGCGCUCCAUCACUGAAACUCGGAGACAAACCAGUCCAACGCUGCUGAAGAUCAGGAAGGCCUCCACAGAACUAGAAACUGGCCUCCAGGGUGGGAUACAGGGCUCUUGCAGCACUGCAGAAGAAAAUGUGAUAAAACCAUUAGACAGCAUUACGUUUACUCUGCCUGUGACUCCUACAGCCAAAGUUUUGUCUGUGGACACUGAAACCUCCAGCUUCCCAGCUCAGCAGAGGUUUCUGGCUAAUGAACAGAAUAUUACUUUUAGCCAAACUGAAAUUGCUGCACUCUCUCCUUUGCAUAUUGAUAGUGUAGUUUUUGAGUCUAGUGUACACUGUAGUCCAGUAAUUAAUGACGGUAAAACUGCUCCCUUUAGUAGUCAUAAUGGCUCCAUGGUGGGAGCAGCUGUAAAGGAGGCAGAUCAAGCGAACACCAGCAGGCUAAUUAGUGCUCUGGAUAUCCAGAGUCCUGCUCAUUUCAGACAGAGUGUCUCUAGACUGCAGUCAACUCCAUGCAAGCCCAGUACUGAACUCAAAGAUGAGCUUGUUUUACCAACUAAAACUGGUCCUGGUGUUGUCAAAUUACAUGAGAAGACAGAAUCUCUCCCAGAGAUUGGUACCAAAGUGGAAAGCCAACAGUCACCCUCGCUAUGCAACCAGGAGGCUGAGAAGCGUAGGGUGGCAGAUCACAUUCAACACUUCAACAGGCUCACCCUUUAUUCUCCAGUAGGCUCAAAGAGCAAACAAAUCAGGUCACCGCUGAAGUUCCACCGCACCCCCGUUCGGCACACUGUACGCAGGAUCAACUCUCUCGUUGGAGAAAGCAGGAGACCCGGUAGAAAUGCAGAGCUCACUCCCUGUCAGAGUGGUCAUGUGGCAAAGGCUGUGAGUCUAGAGAGUGGCCUGUCCCCUCACCCACAGCUUCAGCCUCACUGGGGACUGCCCAACAGCAUUGUAAAGAAACCACCUCCAGUCCCACCAAAAAUGCCAAGCACCCUGGCCCGAAAACCCACAACUUGUGCUUUAGGCGACAUGACCAACAGGGUCCAACCAAAGAACAAAAUGGACUGUUCUGCUUCUGAUCCAUCAGGAGCACCAAAGCUUCUUGUGCAGCAGGUAGCAGAAAAAGCCGUGAACCAUUACAGAGGUUCUCCCAGAAACCCUAUUAGUCAGGGAAAACUGCUGUCUGCUACAAAACCCAUUGAUUUAUAAAGGAUUUUUUUUUCUUUCUUGCUCUUGCUAUGCAGGUGUCUUUUUGGUGAGACUCCAUGACAUUAAACUUUGCAGCUUAUACAUA